AUGCACUCGUCUUGUUGUAAUCGUCUACUGAUAUCAUCCUCGUCUGCACCAACCAUCAUCAACUGCGGCAAAUUACUGCCGCAAAACAUUGUUAAAAAUGUAAAUUUUCUUCCGCAAAAACGUUCAUUCAAUAUCCAUCGAUGGAGUGCAUUCAAACGUUGGCAGGAAUUGCAAAGGGAUGAACGAGAAUAUCAGCAAGAGAAAGAUGCCAUGAAGAAUUUUAUUCGUUUAUCAAACGGUCUCUACAUAACACCAGAAAAACCAAGCGAUGCAUUGUCACGUAAGUUCGAAGUACUACCGAAAAAGGCGCCAGAAGAUGAAACGCGUAAGGACACGGGUGCAUUUUCGAUGGAGUUGAUGACGUUUCAUACACAAAUGCGUUACAUUGAUCAUAGUUUUGAUAAUACACGACGAUUCAAGCGAUAUCGCCAUUUUCAGCAUUUGCAAUUCGAUCAGCGAUUCAUCCCUGAACGUUUACUGUUUUUGGGGGCUGAUUUAGCAGCCGCACAUUUUUUGGUGCAUCGUGAUGCAGCCGUAAAAUUUGUUGGUGAUGAUGUUUGGAUCAAGAAGGACAAGAAGGGUCGGUACAAUCUACCUGGCAGAAAAGUACCUGGUCUUUAUCUGGAGGCAAUUGAUGCGAGUGAUACCGAAUUGAUGUUUGAAGGUGAUUCAGUUGACAUAUUAUAG